ACGGGGUCCCCCAAACUGUCAUGGCGUCCUAGGAAGAUGGCGACUGCCAUACAACAGGCUUUCCUGGAGUAUCUAAUAAUUUAAAUUCAAGGCAUUUGAGACAUAGCUAGUGACUGAGGGCCAAGAGAACAGUGGACUGCCAGGGGCCAGCGGUUUUUAGGCCAUCAAUCACCCCCACAGAGCUGAUAAAAUGGAGUGUGCAGUUGACACUCAGCCAGGUGGGGACGAGGCUGCAGAGCAAGAACACACUCUGGAGGAAACAUCUGCAAAGGAAGGAAGUGAGACGCCGCAGAAGAAGAACAAGAAGCACAAAAAACACAAGAGCAAGAAGAAGAAGAAGAAACGUGGCAAGGGAGAGCGAGAGACAAGCUCAGAGUCGGCCGCAGAGUCCGACGUAGAAAAGCCGGCAAUCAGAACCAGAGCAGGCUUGAGGAGUGCUGGCCCAGUGGCCUCCGAUACAGGAGUAGACACGAAAGAGGAGGCAACAAAGGACUUGAUCACAGCUAUACCUGAGGUAGAAGGUGAUGCUAAAGCCAGAAAACACAAAAGACAUGCUGGGAAAAAGAAGAGAAAAAGGAGGAGAAAAGGUGAAGAAAAGCAGGAGAAGAACUCUUCUUCACACUCCCUAUCAGAGAGCGAAUCUAUGUCAGGAACAGAUUCUGAGUCUGAGGGGAAGCCAGCUGGCAUGGUAGUGCAGGCUGUUCCCAUGCAGUCUAAGGCCAGGCAAGAGGAGAGAGUUCCCUCCCUAUGCAUAACUUUGGCCCAAAAAGAGGAAUCUCUGAAAGUGAUGUGUCAACCCUCAGAUAAUGAGUCUGCAGAUGCAGGAGGAAAGGCAGAAGAGAAGGUUCCACCUGCUAACAGGGAGAACCAAACCAUCUCUGUCAUAAAGCCGGAAGAUCCACGGAGCGACGGGAGCUUCAGCCACACCCAGGAGCUUCCUGACAUCAUCCCCAAGCAGGAUGGCCAGAAGGAGGAAACCAACCCAGAGCAGAGGUCAAAGGUGAAGAACAAGGCUCCCUCCAGGUCAAGGUCAGGGUCGCUGACAGACACUAAGCUGGCUAGAUCGAGUCUUAGUCGUUCGUCAAGCCCGAAGCGGUCCAGAUCAAGUCGCAGUCGUUCACGAAGCCCAGCGCGAUUGUCUGGUCAGCCUGUGUCUGGCAGGGGCAGGUCUCGAUCUGGCUCAAAAAGCAUGACUCCCAAGAGGAAGCAGUCCAAGUCCCCCAAAAGGACAAGACGCAAGUCCCCUUCUCUGUCCCCCAGGAGAGGACGCAAGUCCCCUUCUCUGUCCCCCAGGAGAGGACGCAAGUCCCCUUCUCUGUCCCCCAGGAGAGGACGCAAGUCCCCUUCUCUGUCCCCCAGGAGAGGACGCAAGUCCCCUUCUCUGUCCCCCAGGAGAGGACGCAUGUCCCCCAAGAGGGGAUGCAAGUCCCCUUCUCUGUCCCCUAAGAGACGACGUAUGUCUCCUCUGUCCCCCAGGAGAGGACGCAAGUCAUCUCCUCUGUCCCCUUGGAGAGGACGCAAGUCUCCUUCUGUGUCCCCUAGACGAGGGCGCAAGUUGUCUCCUCUGUCCCCUAGACGAGGGCGCAAGUUGUCUCCUCUGUCCCCUAGAAGAGGGCGCAAGUUGUCUCCUCUGUCCCCUAGACGAGGGCGCAAGUUGUCUCCUCUGUCCCCUAGACGAGGGCGCAAGUUGUCUCCUCUGUCCCCUAGACGAGGGCGCAAGUUGUCUCCUCUGUCCCCUAGACGAGGGCGCAAGUUGUCUCCUCUGUCCCCUAGACGAGGGCGCAAGUUGUCUCCUCUGUCCCCUAGACGAGGGCGCAAGUUGUCCCCUUCUUUGUCCCCUAGGAGAGGGCGCAAGUUGUCCCCUUCUCUGUCCCCUAGGAGAGGGCGCAAGUCCUCUCCUUUGUCCCCUAGGAGAGGCCGCAAGUCUCUGUCUAAAUCCCCUAGGAGAGGACGCAAACUGUCUCCAUCUCCCAGACGAGGGCGGCGGUCUGAGUCCAGGUCACAUGGCUGUGUCAGAAGGUCGAGGACCAGAACCCCCCCCCCUCGUCGAGGUAGGCGUCCGUGGUCCCGCUCGCCUGUGAGGCAGACUCGCCGUUCACGCUCCAGAUCUAGACGGCUCCAUCGCUCCCGGUCCAUGAGGAGAGGACGGCAUUCCCAGAGCAGCUCCCCGUCUCGCAGAAAGAGGUCCCCCCCAAGGACACGACGGUCCCGGUCUCCGGUCAGGAGAGGCAGGCGAACUCGUUCCCGCUCCGUCGUGAUCCUGAAGAGGAACAGGAAAGGCUCACGGUCCAAAUCCCCACGGGGCAAGGACAACAAGUCCCGCUCCCGGAGCCGCAGGAUAUCCAGGUCACCAGUCAAGAAAAUACGUUCUAGUUCACCGAAGCGGAGCAGGACAAAGUCCAGAUCCCCAGGACGCAGUAAACCAUCAACAUCACGAUCCCUAUCGCCGCGUAACCAGUCCAAGUCUCAUCCUAAAUCCAAAUCCCAGAAAAUAAACAAGCGUUCAAUGUCAAAAUCACCCAUCAGCGACAAAUCCAAGUCUGUCUCAAGCGACAGGCAAUCUGAGAGCGUAUCCCCAGAACGCUCAAGAUCCAGGUCUACUGCCAAGGACCUAAAGUCUCCAAAAAUGGCUGACAAGCAUACUGCAGACACGACUGUGAAUAAUGAAGCGUCGACUAAGCCUGUUGGGGAAGCUGUAGCUGCAGCAGAGCCCUGGAAGCCCUUCACUUUGGCUGCUGCCUCCAGAUCUACCACACAGGGUAAGCCAGUGGCUGGGCAUGCUGAAGAGAGAACCUCUGAGAUUCCAUCUGAAGACCAUGACUCCGCAGAAGAAGAGCCAAAGGUGGCAAGAAGCCCAACAAGCUCCUCUGAAGAAGAGCCAGAUGAGCAUGCUACUUCCAGGUCUGUUUCACCAGAGACUGUUCCUGCUGAUCGCCGCUCCAGGUCCUCACCUUCUAACUCUCCCAUUAAGAAGACAUUUUCAAAACAACGGCAGUCCUCAACGUCAGCGUCUCCUACUAGGAAGUCCCGAUCACCUGCCGGUAGGAAGAUGUCCACCUCUCCCUCAUGGAGGUGCUCCCGGUCCAAGUCCAUCUCUCCCUCUCAGUCCAAGUCUGCCUCCAGAAGGAGACGUUCCAAGUCCCCAGCCAGGAAAAGGAAGUCUGUCUCCCCGCCUACCAAACGGAAGAAGAGGUCUAAGUCCAGAAGUCCGGCCCGGCGCAGGAGAUCACGGUCUAAGUCACCGGUACGGCGCAGGAAGUCACGUUCCAAGUCCAGAACCAGGACCAAGCGCUCGAAGUCCCGCUCCCCGGCCAGAAGGAAGAGGUCCAAGUCCGCAGACAGGAGCAAACGCUCCAAGUCUCGCUCUCCAGGCCGGAGGAGAAGGUCCCGCUCCGGGUCGCGGCGGCGGCGGCCCGUCAUGCGGAAUCGCUCGUUUGACCGACGCGACCGAUGGAAACGGGAACCAAGCCACUCCCCAAUCCUCAUCCUCCGCAAGCGCCGUUCCACAUCUCGAGGCCGCCGCAGUGCCAGCAAGACCCCUCCUCGUCUCACUGAGCUGGACAAAGACCAGCUCCUGGAGAUAGCGAAGGCCAAUGCAGCAGCCAUGUGUGCUAAAGCAGGUGUGCCCAUCCCAGAGAGUCUGAGACCCAAGGCCAUCCUCCAGCUGCCCCUGCCCAACCCAGCCCCAACUCCCCUGAAUCUGCCACUUCCCCUGCCGUUGCCUCUCAACAUGCCCGGCAUGGGCAUGCCCAAUAUGCCCAACAUGAACAUGCACAUGCCCAACAUGCACAUGCCCAACAUGCACAUGCCCAACAUGCACAUGCCCAACAUGCACAUGCCCAACAUGAAUAUGCCCAACAUGAACAUGCCCAACAUGAACAUGCCCAACAUGAAUAUGAAUAUGCCCAAUAUGAAUAUGCCUAAUAUGGGCAAUAUGUCCAAUAUGGCCAUGAGUGCUGCCAUGGCCAGUAUGACAGCUGCCACCAUGACUGCAGCCCUCACCAACAUGGCCCAGAUGUCAAACAUGCCCCAGAUGGCCCCCCUCCCCACUAUCACCAACAAGCCCCAGAUGGCCCCCCUCCCCACCAUCACCAACAAGCCCCCUCCUAGCCAGGUUCCCCAAACAACCCUUCCCCCCCUCAACCUGGACCACAUAGAGGAGGUGAAGAGGAAGGUGACUCAGCAGGCCAACAUCUACAGCAUCAAGGAGCUCACUGAGAAAUGUAAGAUGAUAGCGGCGAGUAAAGAGGAGAUGGCCAUAGCGAAGCCACACGUGUCUGAUGACGAAGAUGAGGACAGGAAGCCACGCGGCAAGAGCUUCCUCAGUUAACUUUUAUUUGGGGCGGAUCACAUGAGGCGAAAGGCUCCCCAUGGAAUCAUCACCGGGCGGACAGAAGUGCGGGUUGUUGUGGUUACAGAGAAGGAACAGCGUCAGAUACUGCCAGCCCCUUUUCCCUGGACAAUCAUUCCCCCCCCCCCCCCCCCCAGCCCCUCCCAUCAGUGCUCUAGUUGUCUGGGUUUCCACAUGCUUCCAAAGCCACGGUCGGAUUCCAAUGCUACAAAGUAAAAAUUGGCUACAUAAAUUAGCUUUUUGGUCUUCAUUUAGGAUUAGGCAUAAUGUUAAGGUUAGGAGUAUGUUUCAAAUCAAAUUUGAAGAAGAAAUUGUACAAAUGGGUGGGGUUUAGCCAUAAUUAUGACUUUGUGGCUAUGGAAGCUAGUGACGACCCAUUGGACAGAUUGGAGUGUACAGUGUGGUUACUCCUAGCUUCUACACGUUGGUCAGACAGCUGUCUGGACAAUGACUGAAGAUAAAUGAAAGAAGGAACACACUUUCAAAGUUUUGUCGACCCUUUCUAAUGUUAAACUUUUUGUGUUUAGUUUUUGUGUUCAGUGAUUAAAUUACCAGCUCACGGUUCCUUUAGUGACAUUUUAACCUGUGAGUAAACUGCUAGGACUACCCUUGGUGCGCACACACACAGAUGUCAGUAAUAUGAUGGUCAGCUGUUUUUGUAGUGAUGGGCAGACUGACCAGGUGUCUCCAUUGAUAAGACAAACUGAUCAGGGCUUUGGAGGAUCCACUCUUAAUGUUUUGUCACUUCUAGUAUUUCUCUAUGGUGUUUUUCUGUUAAAUACCUGAUGUAAUCUUUAGCUAUUUUAAUGACUUAAAAUACAUUUUAGGAUUUCCUUGGUCAGUAGGGUAUUAUUUGGCUGGCUUUGUACAUAAUGUAUUGAUGAUUAUUAAAGGAAACCAGAAAAUUACCUUUCUUGUGUUCUUUAUGUAGGAG